UUUGCAGAGCUGGAGCUGCCGCAAAGCCCUGUCCUCCAGGGCUUUUUAAACACCGCGUUUGUUUCACGCUCCAAAUGCACUAAACCGACGGUCAUCGUGGGAACGACACCGACGAAUACACACACAGUUGCCGAUUAGGAAGGACAACAAUAACGGAAUCGUUAAACUGUAAAGGAAAAAAAAAAAAUACACUAGGCUGCGGGUCAGCGACUUUAACCCUUGAUCUGCCGUAUUGCUCCCCUUUGUGAUCCAGAGAGAGGGCAAAAAGGGGACAUGUCUCGGUGAAAUGUGAGCGGAGCAGGUCGGUAACAAUAACCGUUAUUUUCAAUGUGGUUGACUGCAGCCGAGUCGCCCGCUGUAGGUACGGCCGCGUUGAUGCAGCAGCGCACGGCUGUGGUGUUCAAAUCCAGCACCGGAUCUGGGAAGACAAUAGGGGAAACAUACACCGGCCUGGACUCCCAAGACUAUAGAAAACGAGGGUCUGCAUCCGCUUUGGCUUCACUAGGGACCGUGUAUUGCUUUCCAGUGACCGUGUGAGGAACCGGGUUAGACAGCCAGUGACAGCCGUCCGGUAGCCGCUCCAAGUCGAGAUGGCGGCCGUGGUGAACUACUCUCCUCCCUGGUGGGUGAAUCUGCUCCACCGGUUGCCGCAUUUCAACCUCCAGUUCGAGCUGGUGAGCAGUGACUUCAGGCCGGAAGACUCUGAGUACCAGAAGUCUGUGCUGCUGCUUGGUGCCGUGGCCUUGAUAUGUCUGGGUCUGGACCUCCUCUUCCUCCUCUUCUACUCAUUCUGGCUCUGCUGCCGACGACGCAAGAAUGAAGAAUCCUCACACUCCCAUACGCACUCGCAGCAGCCCAGUGCCGACUGCUGUUGCACGGCCUGGUGUGUCAUCAUCGCCACGCUGGUCUGCAGCGCUGGCAUCGCUGUAGGAUUCUAUGGUAAUGGGGAGUCAAGCGAUGGAGCCAAUCGGCUAGCCUACUCCCUCCGCCACGCCAACCGCACCGUGUCAGGGGUGGAGAAACUGGUGUCAGACAGUGCCCUCGCCUUAAACCAGACGGUGGAGGAGGGCCUGGUCCAGUUGGAGACUGUCUACCAGGAACAGACAGACUAUGUGUCCAUUGUCCAAAAGCUGCAGGGCCAGCUGGACGAGCUGGUGAGGCUGAUGGUGGACAUUCCCUUCUGGUCCAAUAGUGACAUCUCCCUGGAGGACUUGGCCCGCCAGACGGAGGCCUUUGAUUGGUACAGGUGGCUGGGGUACCUGGCUCUGCUGCUGUUUGACGUGCUCAUUUGUCUUCUGGUGCUCUUUGGCCUGAUACGCAACUCUAGAGGCACUCUGAUUGGAGUGUGCCUGCUUGGGGUUUUGACUCUGGUAAUCAGCUGGGGGUCUCUGGGCCUGGAACUGGCUGUCGCUGCGACAGCCAGCGAUUUCUGCAUUUCACCAGAUACCUACAUCACCAGGGUAACCAAGGAAAACGCCGUCAUCAACCAAGAUAUCUUGCAGUAUUACCUGAGCUGCAACACUGGCCGAAUCAACCCCUUCCAGCAGAGGCUGUCAGGGAGCCACAAAGCUUUGGUGGAGAUGCAGGAUGAUGUGGCAGAGCUACUGAGAUCAGCAACACGUGAUUUUCCCAACACCAAGGGGAGCCUUGAGCAAAUCCAGUCUGUGUUGAAUUCCACUGAGGUUGGUCUUCACCAGCUCACUGCUCUGGUCGACUGUCGCAGCCUACAUAUGGAUUACGUCCAGGCGUUGACUGGGCUGUGUUAUGAUGGGGUCGAGGGCCUCAUUUAUCUGGUACUCUUCUCCUUCGUCACGGCUCUCAUGUUCUCCUCCAUUGUGUGCAGCGUGCCACACACUUGGCCUGGCAAGAGGACGGAUGAGGAAGACGGAGAGGAGGAGUCGGGUGCCUCACGGGGUGGCGUGCACGAUAACCUGUACCGCGUUCACAUGCCCAGUCUCUACAGCUGUGGCUCCAGCUACGGUAGCGAAGCUAGCCUGCCCGCUACAGCGCACACUGUCAGCAAUGCCCCCGUCACUGAAUACAUGAGCCAGAACGCAAACUUUCAGAACCCUCGGUGUGAGAACACCCCCCUGAUUGGCAGGGAGUCCCCUCCACCCUCUUACACCUCCAGUAUGAGAGCCAAGUACUUGGCCACCAGCCGACCAGACCAGAAUCGACGCUCUGUUCCCAACGACCAGCUGGACCCAGCUAGCCGGCCUCACCCUACUGCCCGACCACAGUCGUCAGUCCAUUAGAGACCAGGGCCACUCCAGUCCACCCAGUACUGCCUGAAUCCAGUUCUCACAGCCAACAAGAACAACAACCCAGCACUUAAGAAACCAUCGGGACCCCCGUCUGUCGAGGUCCGCCAGUUUAAAACCAUUAAAAAUCACCUGAAUUCACCACAAGCGCUUCACACAGAAAACCAGGAUUCAUCGCCAACCAAGCACCUCAGCAUAAGACUGUACUUUUAAGGUCACUGGUCAACUUAUUCUCCUCAAUAUCACAUUCGUAAAGAUCCAAGCUCCGGUUCUCACACUACACGGUAACUAAAGCGCCUUGGCUCCAUCUCCACAGUUUCCCACAGGAUUCCUCCCCUGCUGGUACGCCUCCUCCUCUGGAAUCUGCACACUGCCCUCCAGUGGACACUCCACAAAAGCCUCCCAACACAGCAAAUUAAAUUCAAAGCACACACACACAAACACACACACAAGCAUACACACAAGCACACACACAAACACACACACACACACACACUGUACAGACCUGUAAAUAAUAAUGAACAUGUGUGCUUCAUUAUGAUUUCAUGAAAAGUAGACUGUUGAAUCAUUACUGGUAACAUGGUGGUGUGCUUAGUGUUGAUCAUGAAAAUUGUUGCUGCAUCUCAUAUAAGUGCACAAACACACACACACACACACACACACACACACACACACACUACACAGAUAACCAGGCAGUCUAAACACACACUCUGUAUAAAUAGUAAGCCAGUGAAUCAGAAAGCCAUGUUUAUAUAACAGCCACUCUCUGUCAGCGACAGACAGAAACUGUACCAACACGUCUACAUUCUCUUUAACUUAACAGUGUCAUUUAACAUAAGACUUAUAACUUGAAUUGUGAGCUCUUAAGUGUGUUCACGUCUAUCCUGUUUACGUGCACACGUCGAUUCAUGUGUUUUUAAUAUGAGCCAGGAGUCCUGUCGUGGAGUAAGCAUUGCAUUUUGAGCGUUGCAGGAGCAUAUAUAUCCGGUGGCUUGCAUUGGAAUGCAAGUCAUUUGUGGUUGUGAAGGAACGGAGAGAGACAGGGAACAUUGGAGGGCUCAACCUGUGCCAAAUAACUCAGACAAAUAUAGGGUCGCCUGAUUCUGUCCUCUCCUGCCUGCAGACGUCUCAAAAAGGGAAAAAACUCAUAUGGAAGCGGAUGUUCCUCUCGUACUGUAAAUAACAACAGGCGGGGCAAGACACUUGAAAAGCGAGAACGGACAGAAACGGGACGUGAUUCAUCAUUUUGUGGCUACAUGUUUGCAGGGUGCUAAUGUUAACUACUCAGACUGAGGAGGGAUGGACAGGGUUUCUUUUGAUUUUUUUUUUUUUUUAAUUCAUUCAGGGAUGUGAUCAGGAACACAACAGGAAAAAACUUCCAUUGAUAAUGAAUGGGAGUUGUGUCCACAAAUCUGCAAAAUCAUAUCCCUGGUAAUUAUGUGUAAUACAGAUGUUCUGUUUUAGAACCAAGGACAAUAGCAAGUUUUCUUUCUUUCUUUUUUGGGUUCUACCAAGCUGAUACAAGGGAUGUGAUACUGUGACCAACUGUAAUCUCCUGUUUCUCUCCCUUCUUCUGUACUGUCCUCAGCUCUUCUUUCAUGUAUUUCUCAAAUGGUGACUCCGAUUGCCCCUUAAAGACCCGGCGGUCAGAGUUUCAAGAGCACGGCCUUUUCACAACCAGUACGUUUCUGUUUUUGUGUGUUCUCUUCCCAGAAGCACAAACGCUUUUCAAGGUGACUUUGGACGAUGGAAAAGGGAAUCGUGUGCGCACAGUGGGGGACACUGCCAAUGGUUUUCUCCCUCUCUCGACUCUGUACAGUGUAUAAAACUCUAGUUGUGAAUCCGUGUGUGUGACCUCACUGCAGUGUGAUUGGCUAUUGCUGUAUCUCAGUGUUACUGUGUGUAAGUACGGUGAUCAGUGUGUCUGACUGGCAGCAAGCAAGGGCUCUGUCCCUCUAGUGUUAUCUAGCCUGAAUAAUUUUAACACACACACACACGCAUGCCCACACAUACACACUUACAUACACAUACAUACACACACAGACACACAAUGUCAUACCCCAGUUUCUUAUAAAGUUCAUCUUACCCACUUCUCUAUUCCAUCGUCCUGUUUACAUCCACAUGUAGAAUUGUAGUAACCAUAUAUCCUCUCACAGCUGUGACUUUACACUGACAGCCAUUUGCAUUAUGGGUGAUGUAGUAUGUUACUGAAAUCCAGGGGAAUGCCGAGCUAAGGGAAAUUGGAACAUAGCACUAAAAUACGUUAGCAGAGCCCUAACAUUCAAACGCUUUUCAACCACCAUUCCUGUACAGCGUUUUAAUAUUUUACUGUUUUUAAUCAAUGACCACUUCGCGUAAUAGCGAGACAAUCUUACCUGUGUGAUUUUACAAGAGAGAAACGUUCAAGUUAUGGUAACAACGCUACCUAUGCUCUGUUUUUGCAAAAGACGAAAAAGAUCCGUGGGACUGUAGUCACUGAUUAAUGGCCUUUCAUAAUGUUUUUAAAAAGUCUUACUACACUCUUCAUAUCACUACAUAUUUUUUUUUCUCUGUCUUGUAAAAAUAAAACUUUCAAGAUAAAACAAUAGCUAGCUGUUUUGUAGGAGAAUAAAGGCAAGAGCAGCGUUUUUCCUCUCUUAUUAAUGGUGAAUGACUCUCUGUCUUGCAUUGCAAUGUUUUAAUAAAACAGUAUUCCAGUGUAGUCUGCACACCUGACGCAACGUGGUAUUUGGAUUCCUGUGCAAAACGCUUUCUGUGAUUUGACCGUCCUGAAGUCAGAGUUCUUGUAAGAGUCAAUCUUGUGUGUUUGGUGUUGGUCGGCCCAUGCAAAAGAAUCUGCAGGACUUCAAAUACAGUUCUCUCCAGGUGUGGAAGACAUCCAAUGUUUUCUAUGGCUGUUUUUAUUUUCUGAUGGUUUAACUAAGAUAUUAAUGAUGUACAUGUCAAAACUGUGGUAAUGAUAUUCAGCCUGGAAUAAAUGUUUUAAAAAAGAAAUUAAAGCAACUUUAACGUACUGA